GGGGCGCGCGGCUUCCGGCGGCUGGGGGCCGGCGAGCGGGGGGGCCCCGUCCCGGAGGCGGCGGCGGCGCCAUCUUGGCGAAGGGGGGAUCAGGAAGUGCGGACCGCGGCGGCGGCGGCGGCGGCGGCGGCGGCGGAGCCCGAGCGGAGGCCGGAGGCUCCCGGCCCGCCGGCCCCGGAGCGGAGCGGAGCGGAGGAUGCAGCAGCCGCAGCCGCAGGGGCAGCAGCAGCCGGGGCCGGGGCAGCAGCUGGGGGGCCAGGGGGCGGCGCCGGGGGCCGGGGGCGGCCCGGGGGGGGGCCCGGGGCCGGGGCCCUGCCUGAGGCGGGAGCUGAAGCUGCUCGAGUCCAUCUUCCACCGCGGCCACGAGCGCUUCCGCAUUGCCAGCGCCUGCCUGGACGAGCUGAGCUGCGAGUUCCUGCUGGCCGGGGCCGGAGGGGCCGGGGCGGGGGCCGCGCCCGGACCGCAUCUGCCCCCGCGGGGGUCGGUGCCCGGGGAUCCCGUCCGCAUCCACUGCAACAUCACGGAGUCCUACCCUGCUGUGCCCCCCAUCUGGUCAGUGGAGUCCGAUGACCCAAACUUGGCCGCUGUCUUGGAGAGGCUGGUGGACAUAAAGAAAGGGAAUACUCUGCUCUUGCAGCAUCUGAAGAAGAUCAUCUCCGACCUGUGUAAGCUGUACAACCUCCCUCAGCACCCAGAUGUGGAGAUGCUGGACCAGCCCCUGCCGGCCGAGCAGUGCACACAGGAGGACGUGUCUUCCGAAGACGAAGACGAGGAGAUGCCUGAGGACACGGAAGACCUAGACCACUAUGAGAUGAAAGAGGAGGAGCCGGCUGAGGGCAAGAAACCCGAAGACGACGGCAUCGGAAAGGAAAACUUGGCCAUACUAGAGAAGAUCAAAAAGAACCAGAGGCAAGAUUACCUGAAUGGGGCGGUGUCUGGCUCGGUGCAGGCCACUGACCGGCUGAUGAAGGAGCUCAGGGAUAUCUACCGGUCACAGAGUUUCAAAGGCGGAAACUAUGCAGUUGAACUCGUGAAUGACAGUCUGUACGAUUGGAACGUCAAACUCCUCAAAGUCGACCAGGACAGCGCUUUGCACAAUGAUCUCCAGAUCCUCAAAGAGAAAGAAGGAGCCGACUUCAUUCUACUUAACUUUUCUUUCAAAGACAACUUCCCCUUUGACCCGCCAUUUGUCAGGGUCGUGUCCCCGGUCCUCUCCGGAGGGUACGUUCUGGGUGGAGGCGCCAUCUGCAUGGAGCUUCUCACCAAGCAGGGCUGGAGCAGCGCCUACUCCAUAGAGUCUGUGAUCAUGCAGAUCAGUGCCACGCUGGUGAAGGGGAAGGCGCGAGUGCAGUUCGGAGCCAACAAAUCCCAGUACAGCCUGACGAGAGCACAGCAGUCCUACAAGUCCCUGGUGCAGAUCCACGAGAAGAACGGCUGGUACACACCCCCGAAGGAAGAUGGCUAAGCCCGGGGAGCCGCCCUCCUCCUCCCCAGGCGCCACUGGACCAAUUUACCUUUGAAUGCUGUGUUCGGAUCUCACGCCGCCUCCGUGGUCCCUCCCUCACUUUUCCCGGACGUGACAUAGCUCUGCCUCUCGCGGGACAAUGACGGCUAUUGUAGGCGCUAAGGGAAAACAGAACUGUCAAGUACUCAAGACUGACUUACAGACCAACCAACCACCUGGCUGGAACCCCUGCUAGCAGGCACUCUUAUAAAAGAAACUUUCGAGCCUCCUUAUAUUGCUGGAAACUCAGCUGUGCUCCAGACUAGAGCCUCCUUACCUAUGCUAUGGAUUUUUAAUUUAUUUUCUCUUAUUUCAUGUACACUGCUUUUUUUGGUUACAGUGUAUGAUGGAUGUGUAUGAAAAAAAUGUAUCUUUGGGAAAACAAUUACAGUUUGUUAAUUUGAA